GCGAACACCACAUACGUGUUUUCGUACAGUCGUUUGAUCUGGACCGAGAAACUGACGAGAUAAGAAAACUCGCUGCAAACUCACCUCUUGGAUGGCCGACAUCAACUGCCACGAGCUUCUCCACUAUCUGCAACCCCUGUUCAGGCACAAGCCUGGCUAUGAUGUCAAAGAAGGCAAGGUUCCCCUCGAUAAGAACUCCAAAUUGUUGUUCAAAAAGUCUCCAGUUGCGCAGUUGGCCGAUAUCAUGAUAAUUAACGUGACCUGUGUCAAAAGUGAGAGUUGCUUAGGAGCUGGAAAAGGGUGUGCGAAGGUAUCACACGUUGCCGGAACAACUGGCCCAGAAGGAAAGUUUCAAGUUGGCGGCAGUGAGCUCGUGCCAAGUUUUCUCAAUCGCACCGAUCGCAAGUUCGCAUCCAGUUGCCAGACGCAAUCGAGGGGUUUCCAGGUCUGUCAGCCUCCCAAGAUUCCUCGGUCAAGGGGUGCUUCCAGUUUCCAUUGCCUACCCGAAACACCUCAGCUCAAAGACUCGCUUCAUGUUGCUCUUGUUUGCUCAACUCUGCUCUCAAGAAUCGUCAUCCAAGUAACUCAUUCUGAGCACCAACCAAUUAUUCAUUUGCUCCAGAGACUGCUCCACCAUCUACCCGACUGUCAGGGCCACCACCAACUGGACUCUUGUUGAGUUUUCUGGGCCAGCCAUCACAUCAGGGCAUCUUCCAUCGCAAACCUACAUCACAGUGCAGCAGCGCGCGCACGGCAUACACAACCCGAGGCGCCGUUUUCCCGUCGAUGACGUCCUAAUCAGGAUUUUUACCACACACUGGAGCCCAUCCUUUCGUCUACAGUAGGUUUCCAUCAACUUCUUAUGCCUGCACCCUGAGCCUUGAAAAAAGGUAUGCCCAACAGCCCCGAAUUGCCCCUCAUUCCAAGCCUCCCCUCCCCCGACGACCCAUUGCCCUGUCAGCCCGCCUCAAUCCAACCCGGCCCCGCGCCCGAAACCAGCCCGCCGCCAUCGACAAUCAUACAGACACGCAACAAACACCUCGACUAGAGCUGUCGCGUUCCAGCCGCAAAACCGCACUAAGCUAUCGACUAGGUGCUGGUCUUGUGCUGAUGAGACAGACAUUCGACAUCCUUUCUGUAUUGAAAUCAUCGGGGCCCUCUUCAACUCCCGAAUACCCUCUGGUUCUCCCAAGGCAAUAGCAUUGCCGUGCCAACCAACCGCCAGCCCAACGACCGACCCUCUUGCCUACUAUUUGGCUUGGCUAUCGAGUGGGAGCUUCGCGAUUCCACACAAUGAACGGAUCAUCACAACAACCGAAGGAUGCUACGGCGCAAAGGCCAUCAUCAGCUGCGACUGCUGCGAAUGUUGCGGCCGCUAACGGCAGCUCUGCGCUCAACAAGAAGAGGAAGAAGGACGGACUGAAGCCCAUCAUCACCACUGAAGGACCCGGGGCUGCUCAUUUAGCUUCAGCAAUGUCGGGUUCGCCCACGUCAGUCUCCUCCCCGGAGGACCCCGCCGAGAACACGGCGGAUGAAGAAGACUCCGAAGAUUACUGCAAAGGAGGUUACCAUCCCGUCACGGUUGGGGAGUCGUUCAAGGAUGGGAAAUACAUUGUGGUGCGCAAGCUAGGAUGGGGUCACUUCUCGACCGUAUGGCUAUCAAGAGACACCACUACCGGCAAACACGUCGCUCUCAAAGUUGUCAGAUCUGCCGCCCACUACACCGAGACAGCCAUCGACGAGAUCAAGCUUCUCAACAAGAUUGUCCAAGCGAACCCAAACCACCCAGGUCGCAAACAUGUCGUUAGUCUGCUGGACUCGUUCGAGCACAAGGGGCCAAACGGUACCCAUGUGUGCAUGGUGUUCGAGGUGCUGGGCGAAAACUUGCUUGGUUUGAUCAAGAAGUGGAAUCACCGGGGCAUCCCAAUGCCACUCGUCAAGCAGAUCACUAAACAAGUUCUCUUGGGACUCGACUACCUGCACCGGGAAUGCGGCAUCAUCCAUACCGACUUGAAGCCCGAAAAUGUCUUGAUUGAGAUUGGGGACGUGGAGAAGAUUGUUCAAAAGGUGGUCAGCUCCGACGCCGGCGAGAAGGAGAACAACAGGAAUGGACGUCGGAGGCGUAGGACGCUUAUUACUGGCAGCCAGCCUUUACCAUCGCCGCUGAACGCUAGUUUCGAUCGCGGUUCGAUUUUCCCCUCGCCUGGGGCGCCAAGCCUUGGCCAAAUGCUUCAUGAUGCCGACUCAAAAUUAAAGGAGCCAUCUCCUAAACGGGACAAGGAAACCGGAGAGGACAGGCAGGGCCAACGAGAGAAAACCGCUGAUAUCUUGACUAAGGAAGUCUCGGGUAUCUCGUUGGACAAAGCUACGCCUCUGUCAACGGCAGGUGAAAAGCGCAAGGCCGAUGAUAUGCAGUAUGACAUUAUUAGUGUCAAGAUUGCGGAUCUAGGCAAUGCGUGCUGGGUCAAUCAUCACUUCACCAAUGACAUCCAGACUCGCCAAUAUCGAUCCCCAGAAGUCAUUCUGGGCGCCAAGUGGGGGGCUAGCACAGAUGUCUGGAGUAUGGCGGCCAUGGUCUUUGAGCUUAUUACGGGCGAUUAUCUAUUUGAUCCCCAGUCGGGAACCAAAUAUGGAAAAGACGAUGACCAUAUCGCUCAGAUUAUUGAACUUUUAGGCCAGUUCCCAAAGUCGCUGUGCCUCUCGGGCAAGUGGUCACAGGAGAUCUUCAAUAGGCGCGGUGAGCUCCGCAACAUCCAUAGGCUACGCCACUGGGCUCUUCCAGACGUACUCAAGGAGAAGUACCACUUUAAGGAAGAGGACGCGAAGAAGAUUGCCGACUUUUUAACCCCGCUGCUGGAACUCACGCCGGAAAAGAGAGCAAAUGCUGGCGGGAUGGCGAGCCACCCCUGGUUGGAGGACACACCGGGGAUGAAGGGGAUCAAGAUUGAGGGGGUCGAGGUUGGCAGCAGAGGAGAGGGAAUAGAGGGUUGGGCGACGGAAGUAAGAAAGCGGUAGAGCCGGAUUUUGGGUAGCACUCGAGAAGACGAUAAUGACCAGGGCUGUUUUUUUUUGUUGCGGGA